AUGUUCACUCUUCUGAUUCCCAUCAUAUUCGUUGGUUUCGCUCACUGUAACACCGUAACCACCUUAAAAUACAGUAUUUAUCCGAAUAAAGUGGAUAUUGGAGAAACUCUACCGGUCAGCGUCUAUAAGCUGCUUAACGAUUCUAAACAGCUAAAGAGCUGUGUGAAUAGUAUUGCAAUUCAUAGUCAUGACCAUCUUCGAGGAUUUGCACUUCUCCGGAACGAUAAGAAUGCGCUAGGACUUGUAAAACUUAACCAUGAAAGCAUUGAUCAGGAUACCUUUGCGUUUUCACUCGGAGGAAGAUCAGGGCAGAUGAAGAUCUCCACGAAUCAGUUGAGGAUCAACCUCGAUUUAUCGACACUUCCGAGGGAAUUUGUUGAUCUUCUUGGUGCUGAUGAGAACUCUUGCUCUUGUGUCCAUGGAAAUUGUGCAUGUUGUGCUUCCGUGAAGAUUCCGGAUUUCCAUCACGAUUUCUGCGUGAACGCUACGUAUAACAGAAAGACGAUAGGUCUCGAUUUAUCUAUUGGCAUUGAUGGUCACUAUUAUACACAGGAAAUUUCUGUACGAAAUCCGCCUCCCAUCUGCAUAUCCGCACCUUACGCGCACGACAUUGCUGGAAUAUGCGUGGCUUUCAAGGACCUGGAUGUCUCGAAGGAAAAACGAACGCUCUCUGGAUGUGUUGAACUUGAGAUAGAAGUGAUCCAUAUGAGAGUUGUUCAGCUCCACCUCGGUUGCUUUGUUAUGCCCAUUUGA